GCCCGGCCAGCGCGCCACGCCGCGAACUUCACCUCCUGCACAGCCCCUCGGGAUGGGCAGCGUUGAUGUCGAGGAGGUCGCCGCUGAGAGUCAGCGCCCAGUCGAUGAGGAUACGAUGAUGCUAGAUGAGCUCUUCGAGAGCGAUGGCGAGGCCUCUCAGCAGCAGCAGCAGGCCCCAGCCCCUUCAGAGUGGCGCGAGGUUGAUGAAGCUCCAGCGCCUGCCGCCAGCACAGCGCGCUCUGCUCCCAAAGUCGUGAUCUCUGAGUCCAAGCAGGCUGCUUUGAAGAGGGUCAUGGUGAGGGUAUGUAAAAUCUGCGGCGAGUCGAGCAACAAGGUUGAGUGGUUCGAGGUUUGCGUUCUCUGGCAGGACCGUGAUACUGGUGACGCUAUCACUACGCCCAUCGGAUGGGUUUGCAGAGUGUGCGGGGAGGUCUCUGAGGCGUUCAUUUGCCGUGGCAACCAGGAUAAGAUCAUCGAGUUGUACCAUUCUGAUGAGACUUUCAAGAGUCAGUUCCAGGGGGGGCGCUCUGUUCUCAAGAAGCUGAAGCAGCCGAAUUGGUGCCCUCAGCGCGUCGUCCUUCGGCACACCCGGGAUUUUAGCAUGCACCAAGACAUCGCUUUCAUCAAGGACGCCACCUUCUGCGCUCACUUCAAGGCCCCGCUUGAAUGCCCACAGGUGCAACCGCACGUCCAGGAGCUCUACGAUUGGGAGGGGGUCAAGCUCAGUGGAAUAUUGAUGACGCUUGACGCUGCUAGGGAUCAUAAGUUGCCUCACACUAUCGUGUCUUGCAGGUCUACCACCUCUUGUAUAUUGGAUACGCGAGUGCUGAAGGAGGAAGACACCCUUCACGAUGACCACGCUCGCCAGAUCUGGUGCUUCCAUGACCAGACGCAGCGCGACAACCGGCCGAAGCCGCUGAUGGCCAAGAACAUGAGCAAGAUCGAGGGGUACGAUCACUUCGUCGCACUGGCCUCCGACUACAAGGCAAUGGUUCAGGCUGGUCAGGAGACUCAGCUCAACACAGCUGCCGCAGCCGACGGUGCUCCACCUGCCCGCCGUCAGCGACUUGGUAAGUUUGAGGGCGAGGAGGACGCCCUCGACAGCUUGUCCAUGGCUUCUGGCGGGGCUGCGAGCGCAGCGCCUUCAUGCGCCAUCACCCUCGCUGGCAAGAGCACCUUCAGCACCCCCAGCAAGAUCGGACACGGCAGCCAGCACCGCCAGUCGCCGCCCACCAAGGCCCUCGACGAGGGCGUCGGGGUGAGCAUCGACCAGAUCCUCAAAGAGAAUAUCAACCCUGGGCGCCAGAUUGCAGCG